AUGGUUCCUCCAAAAAUUAAGCACGAAGCGCCACUGAUUCCACCUAAACCGAGUGAAUACGAUCCAGGUUUAUAUUUUAGGAAGGCUGAGACUUUACCAGAGUUUGCAGCUUUUACUGAAGGUGGUGAAGGGUUACGAAAAGUAUGCCUUCCAGAUAACAUAUACGAUAUCUUUACCAAAAUAGCAGCAAGUAAUACUACUAAGAAUUUGGAGACUUGCGGAAUCUUAUUUGGGUUGUUGACACACAAUGUUUUUUAUGUUACGACACUCAUUAUUCCCAAGCAAACUUCAACUUCUGAUACGUGUACAAUGACCAACGAAGAGGAGCUUAUUGAGUAUCAAGAACAAAGGAGUUUGAUUAUGCUCGGUUGGAUCCAUACGCAUCCUUCUCAAACUUGCUUCAUGAGCUCGAUGGAUUUGCAUACGCAUUCUUCUUACCAAGUCAUUUCUCCGGAGGCAAUUGCUAUUGUCUGUUCCCCUAAACACCAACCAAACUUUGGAAUAUUUCGUCUUACGAAUCCACCGGGCCUACAGACAGUGCUUCAAUGUACUCAGAGAGGAUUUCACCCGCAUGAAUCGCAUUUACCUAUCGAGAAGGAAAUAUCGCUUAAUGGUCACGUUGAAAUGAAACAAAUGAAACUAGAAAUUAUCGAUUUACGAUAA